CAACAAAGUCCCGGUGUAAUAUACAGGAUGUGCAGAUAAUUUACAUGCCUGUAUUUUUAGUUUAAAAUAAAACACAAAGAUGUCUAGAGAGGAAUUGAUGUGGGACCACACAGGUGAGGAUUUGGACGACCCCCUGAUCGGUAGCUAUGAGGAUGAGGAAGCAGCAUCUAGAUCAUACAGAGCAGGAAAGACUCUCCAGUUGUCACAAUAUGAAGCCCUGAAACUGGCCAAUCAACUGGAGGAGACGAGUGCCUUACUGAGGACUUACGUAGGAGACCUGGAAUUAAAUAAUACGCAGAAUGAAACUACAACAGCAGAGAGUCCCCAGUCAGGAUUUUUAUUCUCCCUCAAAAGAAAAUGUGAAAACAUUUUGGAGAAAGUAACAGCUAGUAUUAAAGUCAUCAUUUUUACAUUAGCCCUUCAGGGGAUAAAUCUGAUCAUACAAACACUGAUUGAUAUAUGGCCACAGAAAGAUGACUACACAGAGCUUGUUGUGAGUUGUUUGACCAUGAUAUUGCUGCAAGUUUUGAAUCUGGUUUUGCUUCUAAUUAGUUCAGUGAAGUUGGUGAGACAGUUGUUUCUACAUGAGGUCAGUGCUCUGCUCCUGGCACAGUCCUAUGUGGCAGCUAUCCUGGUGUUUGCUGGGAUCUACACACUUACAAAAAGACUAGCACCAGACUCCUGGAAAGAUGUCCAUGAGGAUGUACAAGAAGACCCUGCCUUGAUUAUUGUGAUGUACUGCCAGUUUCUGUAUUUCUCAGUCUCUACAUCCACACUCUGUGGUACUGCAGAUGUGACACCCCACAUGUGGUACAACUACAUCUGUGUUUCCAUACAGAUGUUGCUGAGUUUUAUGUAUUUUGCUUCCAUACUGGGUCAAGUUAUGGCCCCAAUCACUGCCCCUUCCUCCAUUCGACAUACGCUCCACAGAAGCAGACUGCAGAAUCAUAUUUCCACUGGUUAUAUUAAUAGCAGACGAUCAAGCGUAGGAGAGGAAAACAUUGUUAAUACAGGAAGCUCUGGCUCGUAAUUACAAACAGCAUGAACUUGAUGAUGAAAUGAAAUAUGCAUGUAGUAAUAACAAUUUCCACAUAAUUUCCGAAUUUUAUAUGAUUUUCUGCUUUUGUGAUCUAAAGCUUAAUAUGUAUCAUCAUUGGUUGUGCCUACACUGCUCAUGUUUUUGAGGUUUUUCCUUGAGGAGAGAUGAGGCAGUGAUGGGAGACCAUUGUGGAAAAAUUUUAGAAAUCAGUUUCUCAAAAGCUCUGGUGCAAAAAAAAGUUAAAUUUUAACGCAAGCAUACUCAUUUAGUUUUGAUCAAACUGUGCCCCCUUGAGCAAAGACAGAUCCCCAAAAAGGGUCAAAUUUUCACAGGAAAUAUAUUGGUUUUAUCUUCAGUAUUACUAAUUUUAUUUGUAAGCAUAUUUAUAUGAUGUAGAUUCAUGGUUAUUUCAUUUAUGGCCCUCAGGGCAGGGCUAGGACAAAAAGGUCCCAAAUUUUUACAUAGAUUAAGAUAUAUAUAGCUCAAAACAUCAUUUUUGUCUGGAGGCUCUUCCUUAGUGCAUUUGAAAAUAUGACCAAAAACUCCACUUGUUACACAAAAGCAAUUUCUUCUGGAGUGUUAUUUUAUUCAGUUGUACAUGAAAUGUAUUACUUGUAUGUAUACUGUUUUAUUUACCUGAAUAAAUCUUGUGAUUUUUAUUU